AUGGUUGACCGGACAGAGGAGCUCCACAAGCUGGUCAUGAGCGUAACUAGCUUGAGCGACUCGGUCAACUGUCAGGAUAGCCGUCCCCAUCUCCCUAAUAGCCUUGUUGAGGCCUUUGAGCGGAUCAUAGGCCUUUUCGUGCUGAAAGCCAAGGAGAUUUCCUGGAUGAGCAGACUUGCUGUUACUCCUGAUUCGCUAUACGGCCGUCAUGCUGAGCGACGCUUGAUGGAUCUCAGGAGGAAUGGAGCAGCAAUCUCAGAGCGUGUCCGCAAUCACCUCGACCGAGCGAAGGAAGACAUCAUGCUACUGGGAACCAGCAGGGGCGACAUGGACAGAAUCAUCAUUGCGCCAAUAGGUCCCGAGUUCCUGGCAGUCGCGCUAAUCAGCAACCUGCAGAACAACAUCUCCAAGCAAGGUACCAACGAAAAGGUCGACCUCAUCAGCCACUACUGGAGCCACACCGCCAGACUUCGAUUCAACACCAACCGAAAGCCGAAACGGCAGGCUUUUGUAGAGAUCCAUGCUCUUGAAGAGGAGUUGGAAGCUCUGCAGAUGGUGGUCGCUUCGCAGCAGGGUCUGUUAAGGGCGUACCAGAGGCUCUUCUCUCCCUUGACUUUCAAGUAUCCCACGACCGACUGGAUCUACUACAAAGAACGGAAGUCUCUGUUCAAACUUGAGAGCAAGUGCGUGCGCAGACAGCAGCGUCGUUUGGCGGAGCGCGACAGGGCACUUAGAGUUCUCCGGAAAAAGGUGAGAGUAUUGAGAGACGAGACGAAGCAGAGAAUUGAGAUCCUUGAUGAGGGCCAUGGAAAGGCGAUUCGGGUGUUCACCAUAGUGACGUUGUUCUUCUUGCCACUGUAA